CUAGCUGGUGGUUGAGUGAGGGUUCCCUGUCUCAGUCCCCCAUCCACCCAUACCAUUCAACCCUUUCUUUUGCUUCUGCAUCCCACUGCAAACCAAAUGAGGAAUGCCUGAUUCUUUCAAAGGAGAAAAAUGGCAGCCCCACCAGCAAGAUUCACAGUAACAUUGCUCCUUUUUGUGAUGAUGGUGGUUUCAGGGUCAGUUUGGGUGGCAGAAUCAGCAAUAGGGGUGAACUGGGGGACAAUUCAGCUCCACAGGCUCAAGCCCUCAACCGUGGUGGAUCUGUUGAAGGAGAACAAGAUUCAAAAAGUAAAGCUUUUUGAUGCAGACCCACAAGUCCUUAGAGCUCUAAUGCGGAGUGGGAUUGAGGUCAUGGUUGGGAUCCCAAAUGAGAUGUUGGCUAUGCUUAGCUCUUCAACUGCAGUUGCAGAUCUGUGGGUUCGCCAGAAUGUCACCGCUUACAUUGGCAAAGGUGGCGUUAAUAUCAGGUAUGUUGCCGUGGGAAAUGAACCCUUCCUUACAAGUUACUCAGGUCAAUUUCAGUCAUAUGUUGUUCCUGCUCUGCUUAAUGUGCAGCAGUCUUUGGCCAAAGCAAAUCUUGCAGGAUAUGUGAAGUUAGUGGUUCCUUGUAAUGCUGAUGCCUAUGAGUCUGACGUUCCUUCCCAAGGGGCAUUUCGACCUGAACUAACUCAGAUUAUGACUCAGCUUGUUUCAUUCCUUAACUCAAAUGGUUCCCCAUUUGUAGUUAACAUCUAUCCAUUUCUAAGCCUCUAUGGGAACUCAGAUUUUCCACAAGACUAUGCAUUCUUUGAGGGCUCUACACAUCCUGUGAUAGAUGGGCCCAAUACUUACUACAACGCAUUUGAUGGAAACUUUGACACCUUAGUCGCUGCUCUCAGCAAAAUUGGAUAUGGCCAGAUGCCCAUAGUCAUUGGGGAGGUUGGUUGGCCCACAGAUGGAGCAUUUGGUGCAAAUCUCACAGCUGCCAGAGUUUUCAACCAAGGUCUCAUAAAUCAUGUGCUAAGUAACAAAGGAACCCCACUUAGGCCUGGAAUUCCACCAAUGGAUAUCUACCUUUUCAGUCUACUAGAUGAAGAAGCAAAGGACAUACUUCCUGGAAACUUUGAAAGGCAUUGGGGGAUUUUCUCUUUUGAUGGCCAGGCUAAAUAUGCACUGGACCUUGGUCUUGGUAACAGGAGGCUGAAGAAUGCCAAGAAUGUUCAGUAUCUACCAGCCAGAUGGUGUGUUGCAAAUCCAUCAACAGAUCUUUCUAGUGUUGUGAAUCACAUGAAACUUGCCUGCAACAUUGCAGAUUGCACAACACUCUCCUAUGGUGGAUCAUGCAAUGGAAUUGGGGCAAAGGGAAACAUCUCAUAUGCAUUCAAUAGUUACUAUCAGCUGCAAAUGCAGGAUGCACAAAGUUGUGACUUUGAUGGGCUUGGAAUGGUUACUUUCAUAGAUCCUUCCAUCGGUGACUGUAGGUUUCUUGUUGGUGUCACGGAUACUAGUAGCUCUUCUGCGUUUGGACUAUAUCAGAGGUGGGUCAUUAUUUGGGUUUGGAUUUUUGUGUGGUUCUUUAGGAUGUGAGAAACAGGUUUCAUGGGGGGAUUUUAAUGCUUCCCUCCUCUGAAACUAUUAUAGACUUAGAUACAGAGCCAACAGGGGGCUAGAAUAGUAGAGUUACAGUGUAGGAUUGUAUUAUAUCAUGUAUGAAAGAUAAGCCACCAAAUGUUAAAUUAAAUUAUCCCAAUCUUUGUCUUUAAUUUCUAGGAUUACAGGGUUUUCUUCUUAAUACAGAAUAUCAUGUUCGAUGUGAAUAUCCUUGCUUAGACAUCAAACUAGAAGAAACAAACAUUAUUCCUGAAUUCAGAAGGUGAAAUAUUUCAAGACAAAUAAACAUAAAGGAUAUCCUGGACUAAGAAGAAGAACAGGGAAACUGCUAAAGUCUCUGCUUUUCUUAGAGCUGCUCAGAGUUAGAGAUUGCAGCAACCGUCACUGCAGCAGGCUUUCCCACAUCGGAUCUGUGGCUUCCAAAUAAAGUAGCAGCAGCGACAGCCUGCAACUAACUUCGGCCAUUUAAACAAGCUGAAGCAGUCUCAAAAAUGGAAAAGAACUGGAUGAACAUUAUGGAUCAAGAAGGGGACUUUACCCUGUGGAUAAACCAUAUUCUCAGAUGCCUGCACACGCGCAUUUACGCAGAUAAUAAAGGAUGCCACCACCAGGAGCCAUGCCAAAGCAAGCAACAUUGUUUCUUUUCAACCCAUUUUUCCGAGUCU